AUGUUUAGCAAAGAUGCAAUUUUUCACCCCAUUAUAAACUCCAUUCAAAGAAUAGCCCUUUAUGAAACUAAAGCGAAAUUCUAUUUAGUGGGUUCCAAUAACACACAAACAAGAUUUCGAGUGUUAAAGAUAGACCGAACGGAAGCCAAAGAAUUAGAAAUAUAUGAUGACAAAGUUGAGUACACAGCAGAAGAAAUUCACAAUUUAAUCUGUAUGAUAGAAUCUGGAAAUAAAAGGGCUGGAGGAGGUUUUUCAAAAAAAAUAUCUGCCUUUGGAAUUGUAGGUUUCAUAAAAUUCCUGGAAGGAUACUACAUCAUUUUAAUAACAAAACGAAGAAAAGUAUCGCUUAUUGGACAUCACACUAUUUACAAAAUAGAAGAUACAUCUAUGAUAUACAUUCCGCAUGAGACUGUUCGAAUAGUUAAUUCUGAUGAAGCAAGAUACGUGAAGAUGUUUCAAAAUAUAGAUCUGGCUAGUAACUUUUAUUACAGCUACAGUUACAAUCUCACCCGCACGCUUCAGUACAAUUUAACCAGCCCGAAAAGAUUCGAUACAAGCAAUAAUGACAGUGAAGAAGAAGAUAUAGAUAUAGAUUUGGAGUUUACCGAUCUUUCAUCAUCAAUAAUCUCAAACUCGUCUAAUUCUGAGAAUGUAGGGAUACAAAAUUAUGGGAUUCGAACGCAGCCACACAAAAAAUUCCUAUGGAAUCUUCAUUUAUUGAGCGAUACAGUCAAAACUGAAUUACAUCCGGAUUGGAUCUUGCAUAUAAUCCACGGUUUUAUCGGACAGUCCAAUAUAAAAGUCUUCGGUCGCUCUAUAUUUAUUACGUUAAUCGCUCGAAGAUCCUGCAGAUACGCAGGCACUAGAUUUUUGAAAAGAGGUGCUAAUUUCCAAGGCGAUGUCGCGAAUGAAGUGGAAACGGAACAAAUCGUCCACGAUACGAGCACGUUAUUUUUUAAUAAAAGCCAUUUUACUUCCUUCGUGCAAAUGAGAGGCUCUAUACCAGGCCAUUGGAAGCAAGAAAUGGGCAAGAUGGUGGCGAAGCCGGCAAUAAACAUCGAUUUCUACGACCCGUUCGCCGAAACCGCCGGCGCCCACUUUAAUCAACUAUUAAAACGCUACGGAGCCCCGAUCAUCAUCCUCAAUCUAGUCAAACAACGCGAAAGAAAGAAACAAGAAAAAUUGCUCAGCGACGAGCUGAGCACGGCCGUUAAAUACUUGAAUCAAUUCCUCCCGCAGGAACACCAGAUUAUUUACAAAACUUUCGAUAUGGCGCGGAAAAACAAAAAUCACGCCGUCAAUGUGAUGGACCAUUUGGCCGAAAUCGCCCGACAUGCUGUAAUGAAGGUCGGAAUUUUCCAAAAUAUGCCCAAGUUUUACAGCCAAAGAGAGAGUACGGUCGUUGGACAAAAUAAAAACGAAUGGGGAAGCUUGCAAACCGGCAUUAUCCGAACGAACUGCGUAGAUUGCUUAGAUAGAACUAACACAGCGCAAUUUGCUAUAGGAAAAUGCGUUUUAGGGUACCAACUGUGCGCAUUGGGCAUUCUGGAUACUCCCAAUCUGGAAUUCGAUACAGAUUGUGUUCGAAUGUUGGAAUCUUUAUACGAAGAUCACGGUGACAUAUUGGCUCUUCAAUACGGAGGUUCCCAGUUGGUACAUCGCAUAAAAACCUACAGAAAAACGGCGCCCUGGACGUCUCAAGGCAACGAUAUAAUGCAAACGCUGAGUCGAUAUUACAGCAAUACAUUUUCCGAUGCUGAAAAACAGAACGCCAUCAAUUUGUUUCUGGGAUUGUUCCGGCCGGAGGACGAUAGACCUCAAAUAUGGGAAUACAAUACCGAUUAUAACUUUCAUCACAAACCGAUCCAUUUUAGCCCGAAGGCUUUGACGCAAUGGUGGGAUUCGGGGGUGUUGAAGAGCCUGCCUUACGCCUUCAAUGAGCUGACGAAAGCUUGUACGGAAUUAAUUCAGAUUCACUCGCAAGAUGCCGAAAUGAUAGAUACGUACGUGGAGUACUACAGACCGUACGAAUUGACUUCGUUGAGUGAUGUGUUUGCAUUGCAAGUAUCCAAUUCCAUUAGAGACUUCAUGCCCAGUUUCACGACCAAUUAUAGCCCGUUUACAUUGAGAAUAAGACCCGUGAGGAGGAGGGAAGAGAAUAAAUCGAAUAUCAUGAAAAAUCCUUCGGUUACUGGCCAAAGUUCGUUAAGUUCGACUGCGUCGAGUACAAGUUCUAGUUCUGACAACGAAAUAUCUCUGGAAGAUGAAGAAAGCUAUAACACCGAAUCACCUGCCGUAUCUUCAAAGGACGUCACUCCUGAACCUAUUACUUUUAAAGCACUAUUUCCUUCUAUGAAAGAGGUUUAUGGAAUGGAAUUGAAGAGUCCUAGCGACAAGGAUAUUCAGGUUUAUAAAAAAUAUGUCGAAAUGGGACGAAGAGUUCCGUACAUUGCUAAUAAGAGCUUUUUCGAAUCAAUUUCUGACAAACAACAAUGUGUAAAAGAUUUAUCAUCAGAUUCUUGUUUUCAAGUAACACCUCCCAAAGUUUCCACUGAAUCAAUUGAGGUGUAUAAAAAGUAUAUUGAAAUCGGUAAAAAGGGAGGAUUUAUGCCCAAAACCAAUGAUAUUAAAAUCUAUGAGAGAUAUGCUAAAUGUAAGUAA